AUGUCUGACGAAUCACUUGCUGAGGAGGGCUUCUACGGCUCCGAACUCUUCGACUUCAUGAAAUCAAUUGUCGACGAUGACCCUGAUUUGAAGAAGAAAUCAAUUGCCAAAGUCAGUUCUGUGUGUGUGAUCACCUUGAAGAACAACAAGGGCGAGACCAAGUCGUGGUUGUUGGACUUCAAGAAGAAUGGCACUGUCUCCAAGAUCGAUGGCAAGAUCCCCAAGAGCGACAUUCACUUGACGUUGAAGGAUGUGGAUUUCGUGAAGUUGAUCAACAACGAGGCCAACCCACAGAGAAUGUUCAUGGCAGGCAAGAUGAAGAUCAAGGGCAAUUUGAUGAAGGCGGCGUCCAUUGAGCCCUUCUUGCGUGAAGUGGACCCCAGAACCAAGAAUGAAAAGGCCAAGUUGUAA